UGCUGCAGUUGUAAUCAUUGCGAUGCGUAGUUCAACAGAUGAGGUGCUGCUGAACACCAGCUACGUUUACUACAACGGUUCUUUUAGGAUCCUAAAUUUAAACUAUACAAAUCAAUAUCUUCAUAGCAGCAGCCUUGAAUUCCAGGCAUUGGCUGUUCAGAUUGAAGAAUUUAUUAAUUCAUCCUAUAUAAAUUCAGAGCUCAAAAGCCUGUACAUCAGAUCGCAAGUUGUUAGCUUAAGCCCUGGAAGUGUAAUACCUGGAUUUGUCCUGUUAUUCCGUAUUAAUAUAAAUGGGAAGCAAAAUAUUUCAGCUCAGACUGUACUCGCUAAAAACAUAGAAAAUACCUUGGUGGCACAUUUCAACAUUGACAACAGUUCACUUCAAGUGACAGAAAUCCCUGCUGACUUGGCACAGGAUCUUCUUUACAGCAGUAAAUAUCUGUCCACUACCACACGUUGGACAACCUCUGGAGCCGAUAGAACAGCUUGUGGAGUCGGAGGUCCGUCAGCAUUAAGCAGAAUAGUCGGAGGAACAGCAGCCACGUUGGGUUCAUGGCCUUGGCAGGCCAGUCUACGCUUUCAAGGGAGUCAUAAAUGUGGAGCGUCACUUAUUAGCAGUUCCUGGCUUGUGACUGCUGCUCACUGCUUUAGUUCGAGCAGAGAUGUGAAUUCUUGGACAGUCGUCUUAGGAACCAUUUCUUUAAGUACUGGAUCUGGGUUAAAGCUCCAAAAUAUCAUUAUCCAUGAGAAUUACACCAGUGGGGAAUAUCAAAAUGACAUUACGCUUCUCCAGCUAUCAAGUCCAGUAAAGUUCACGCCGUACAUACAACCAGUAUGUCUACCGGAUGCACUGGACAUCUUUCCAGACAACUCUUCAUGUUAUGUAUCUGGAUGGGGAACCCUCACAGAUGGAGGGAGUUUAGCAUCUGUUCUACAACAAGCUGAAUUGAAAAUCAUUAAUUCAAAGUUAUGCAGCAAUUACCAGAUGUAUGGAUAUCUUAUAAAGCCAUCAAUGAUAUGUGCUGGUUAUAUAGAAGGAAAAAUUGAUUCAUGUCAGGGGGACUCUGGAGGACCUUUGGUUGCCCUACAGUCUAAUAACAGGUGGUCACUCAUAGGAAUUGUCAGUUUUGGCUAUGGAUGUGCUUUACCCAUGAAGCCCGGUGUGUACACAAAGGUCACGUAUUUUCGCAGCUGGAUUACACAGAAGUCUGGUGUAUAA